AUGCAAGCUCUCCUCAGGCAAAAGCUGAAAAACUACUUGAUUCAUGAAGGUACUGGAAGGGAAACUGGAAUACUGUUGGAGGACUCCAUUUUCUAUCAUCUUACAAUUCAGUACAACAGAACAGGACUAUCUGCAUACUCCAGAGGCAAAUGGAAAUUCCACCACAGGAGAAAAGGAAUCAAACAUGCUUGUGGCGCAAAGUAUGAGCAAGAUGAUGAUACAGAGGACAGUAGUGCAGAUGGUGAGGAUGUAAAGGAUUUGGGUGAUACAGACGACAAGAAUGCAGAGGAUGAUGUUACAGAGGAUGGUGAUACAGGUAUGAAUGAUGCAGAGAUCAAGGGUGCAGUGCUUGGCAUAGAGGCCUCUUUGGACUCAUAUCACCUCCCUUUCAAUAUCUCGGCUGGAUCCCGGUACUGGUCUGCAGAGUUUGCCAACUUUCCUAUACCAGACGAAUACAACUGCCAGAAGCCCGACAUAGCCCUGUUUGACUUCGCCCUCAAAAACACAAACCUACAUCCAAUGAUAUUCCCACGCCUUCUGGAUGCACAUCCGGACCUCCAUACCCUUAUCCAUGCCUCCAGACCUCCAGUCCACUAUCAGUUCAGAUCCAUGCACCUUCACACAUCCGAUAUCCAGAUGCCUGAUCUGAUAUAUGGAUCUGUACCUUUAUAUCCAGACUCAAACCUUAAAUCAGCAUCUAUCCCCUUAUGGUAA